GCAAUUUGUUUUGAUCUAGAAGUCGGAUUUCAAAGGGCCUUUUUCGAUGGGGUUUUCGAUUUUCUCUUGUUUGGGUUCCCUGUGUUUUAUCCACGUGACCGAAUAGAUCACUAACAAGAGAGUUUACAUGCAGUACCUUCCUAAAUAUCGAUCUUCACAUUUCAACAUCAAAUCAAAAUACAACCUUCCAUUUUACUCUUCAAAUAUGCCUAAAUUCGCUAACCAGAGACGCAAAAAGCGGCGUUUUUGUGGGAACCGCUUUACAGGAAGUCUCAAUUUAGAGGAAAGCGAGUAUAAGAGAGUUGAAAACAGUCCUAAUGAGUCGGAAAACGAACCGAGUUGUUCGACUGACAUGGAGCCUGUUCAAGAAGGCAAUCCUGCAAAAUCUGCUUCUUUUCGAAAGCUUUCGAAAACCGCUGUCGAGGCAGAUACAGUGCCUAAACCUUCCCAAUCCACUGCAAAGGUAUCUGAUGCUAAGGUGACCGGGUAUCGUUUCGUGGAUAUGGACAUUCUUAGCUAUUUUUUCGCUUUGCUACGAUGUGGUGACUGUGGCGAGUUCUGCCUCGUGCUCGGGGAAGACGAGCACAACCGGAAGGGUUGUGCCUCGAAGCUACGUCUAACCUGCCAGAACUGGGACUGGAAGCAUAUCACUUAUACUUCGAAAGUUCAAGGGCAAAGUUAUGAAGUGAAUCGCAGACUGGUUUACAGCAUGAGAACACUCGGAAAGGGACAUACUGGAGCCAGAAAGUUAUGUUUACUUAUGAACAUGCCGCCACCACCUACUGCGAGGGCAUUCACUAAAAACUCGCGCACACUGCUGAAGCAUGUAAAGGAAAUUGCAACCAAAAGUAGGGGUGAUUCUGCAAAACAGCUUAAAGCAGAUACAUCGGAUGGGCCAACCAAUUGCGGUGCUUCAUUCGAUGGCACCUGGCAGAGAAGGGGCUUUUCAUCUCUGAAUGGCUGUGUCACCGGCAUCUCUAUUGACACAGGGAAAGUUCUCGAUGUAGAGGCCCUUACGGUGUCCUGCAAACAAUGCAAGCUGCAUGAUCAUCUAGAUAAGGAUAGUGAGGAAUACAGUUUGUGGAAGGCAGAUCACAACGACUGCAAGGCCAACUUCAGGGGUUUCGCACCUGCUAUGGAGCCUGAGGGUGUACAGCGAAAAGCUGGUGUAAAUAUCAGAAAGACAAAGCAGACCACACCAAUACAUUUAAGCACAGUGCUGGUCUGCCAUUGGAGAUACUGGCCAAGGUAAAGCCAGUAUAUGUUAGGCUAAGUGAAGCCAGUCUGCUGGAGAAAUGCCUACAUGGCAAAACACAGAACCAGAAUGAGAGUUUGAAUGCAAUGAUUUGGCAGGGAGUGCCCAAGGAGGUGCAUGUCGGCAGGGAUAUUCUGGAAUUGGGCUUGUAUGAUGCUGUAUGUCAUUUUAACAUGGGGUACAGCUCUGUACUAAGACUGUUGGAAGCCCUCAAAAUCCCUGCCGGCAAAUAUACGGAAGCAGGCUGUGGCCUUGAGGAUACUUCUAGAGUUCAGCUUGCAGAGUAUAAAAGUAAGGAGGCAUCUAAAAGAAGGAGCAAGGUCCUGAGAGGCAAAAGAAAAAAGAAAGAGGACAAGAAGAAGCAAGCUGAGGGCUCUCUGUAUGAUCCUGGUGGAUUUUAGAAAGUAUGAUCUGAACACUGCCCUCAUAUUAUGAAUUUACACAUUUACGUUAUCUUUAACUUGAGAUUUCUCAAAUUGUGAGAUUUCCGUAUAUUAGUAAUACUCUAACAGUGAUAUCUUCCAGAGAAUUUGUUGGAAUUGGCUAUUUUUUUCAGGGGAUGUGCAGUAUAUGUAUUCUUAUACAAAGACGUAAAGGAUAAACAUUUGCUUUAAAUCUCAAAUUGAAAAUAAUUUUCAAAUCUGACAAACAAAUAUCCAAAUAUUAGUUUCUGACAAAAUAUUCCUCUAAUUUGAAAAAUAUCACCAGGGUAAUUUCUAUACUUCAUUGUAUGCAUAUGUUGUAGUAGAAGAUUUCCUAAAAGUUUGGUGGCUAUUGAUAAAAAAAUAAAGGAGUUAUCACUGUAAGACUGGAUACCAUGAUUUCGGGGUAAUUAAGCCCCCCUGGUUGCCAUAGCAACGCAAUGUUUUGUCAAGUAUGUCAAUAAAUUUAUCUGAUCACA